GAGGUAUCACCAUGCAGUCCCCUAUCGCUUUAUUGGAGUGAUUCCUAAAACGCCGACGACUCCAGUCGUCUAGCAACCCGGGAGACCGUGGGACGCGGAUCCCUUACACCGUAUUUAAAUACACGGGGCGGUGCGGAGACAACAUGCUCCUGCAACUCACACAGAACACUAAAAUGACAUGCAGCCUGGAGCAAGCGGCAGCGUUAAUCGGUGCGAUCGGGGCGCUUUGUCUAAGAUAUGCAGUCUGGUAAUCUCUGGUAAUCUGCCUGCGUCUCUCUGAGCCGUGCACACCGCGGUUUAACUCGUCCGAACCCUAUUCAUAGCACCGGUGGCGGCGGAAUACACCGAAACCCAGUGCAACUCUGCAGGAAGACCCGGGUGUAAUGAAGACCGACUCGGACCCCUCGGACCGGUGGGUGCUCCCGGGGUACGGAGCCGCGGUCGCCGUGUCUGUGCUCGGCGUGUGGUUGCUACGGCGAUGGGUGGCCGGCGGGGUGUGUCGCUGCACGGCCCGUCUGGACGGCCGAACCGUCCUGAUCACCGGAGCCAACACCGGCAUCGGCAAGGAGACAGCCCGGGACAUGGCCCGCCGCGGGGCGCGGGUGGUGAUGGCGUGCCGGGACCUGACCCGGGCGGAGCGCGCGGCCGAGGAGGUACGGCGUGCCACUGGCAACGGGAACGUGGUCAUCAGACACCUGGACCUGGCCUCCACCUACUCCGUCAGGAUGUUCGCUAAAGAGUUCCUGGGCAGCGAGGAGCGGCUGGAUAUCCUGAUCAACAACGCUGGGAUCAUGAUGUGUCCUAAGUGGCUGACUGAGGACAGCUUCGAGACCCAGAUGGCUGUCAAUCACCUGGGCCACUUCCUGCUGACCAAUCUGCUGCUGCCCAAGCUGAGAAGCUCCGCCCCCAGCCGCGUGGUCGUAGUGUCCUCCCUGGCUCACGAGACCGGAAAGAUCGACUUUGAUGACCUGUUCUUCGCCAAGCGGCCCUACAGCCCCAUGACCAGCUACAAGCAGAGCAAGCUGGCCAACGUGCUCUUCUCCAGAGAGCUGGCCCGCAGGAUGAAAGGUACCGGAGUGACGGCCUACAGCCUGCACCCAGGGGUGAUCCGCACGGAGCUGGGGCGUCACGUGGAGAGCUGGUUCCCCCUUCUGGGGGUGCUUCUGAGGGCCCCCUCCAUGCUGCUGAUGAAGACCCCCACCCAGGGCGCCCAGACCUCCAUCUACUGCGCCGUGACCCCCGGCCUGGAGAAACUGUCUGGGGGCUACUUCAGUGACUGUAAGGAAAAGCGCGCCGCUGAAGUGGCGAGGGACAACGAGGUCGCCAAGAAGCUCUGGGAUGUGAGCGCUCAACUGGUCGGGUUGUCGGUCAAAGAGUGAUCCAUGGCCCUCCACCCAACCUCCCCACCACCACCACCUCCACCUCCACCACCUCCACCACCACCUCCACCUCCACCUGCCCCACCACCUCCCUCUCCUCGAACCUCCUCCAGCUCCCCCUCCACCGAAACCUCCUCCAUCACUUCCUCCAGCUCCAAGGGCAACAAUUCCUCCUGCGCCACCUUUUCCUCCACCUCUUCUACUGAAACUACCUUCACCACCACCUCCACCUCCUCAACUUCUCCCACUACCACCUCAUCCACCACCACCACCUCCAUCUCAUCCACUAAAACGACCAAACACCACCGCUACCACCUCUUCAUCCACCACCUCCUCCUCCACGCUGAGACCCCUGCGUGAGGGUGGGGGCGGAGUCAUCAGUCUACUGGCGAAAUAAAAAAUAUAUUUUACUCAUCUUGGUUCCUUCAAGAUGGCGGCUUAGAAGGUGUGUGACAUCGUUUGAUCAAGCCCUUCAAUAAGUCAAUACAUAGAUGUAGAGGUUCAAAGGUCAUGAGGUAGACUCCUCCACAAGAAAUAACGCAGACUAACUAUAACGCAAAAUCCAGGUAGCGAGGUAGCGAAAGAACAUUAAGAGUUCCCUUGGGUCCAGUUUUGGUUGCUCAGAAAGAAGAUCUUUCUGACACUAUUUCCGAUUUAUCGUUUAGUCAUUGAGCAGACAUCUCUAGCCUGAGCAGCUCAGUCAUGUCCGACGCAGUUGAUUACGGAGCAGGUCAAUGGAGGCUUCAAACCAAGAACCUUCAGACUGGGAGGCAAACCACCGACCCCCUGUCUACUGUUAGGAGGACAACGGGGAGACGGAUCAAACGAGGUGCGAGGUAACGAGGUUCUGAUACAGCGAGGAGCUGGUGGACGUCUUGGGGAUCAGAAGGCGAUCUGUGACCGGUCUUUAUCGAGGAGACCUGAACCUGGUCAGCCUCUACUAGGACACGGAAUAGCGGGGACAAAAGGGAUUUCACACGGCCACUAAGAAUCCUCAGAAUAGAAGCAAUAUAUCUUGUAUCCUAACGUUUUGGAAGUGUUUGUUAUAUAAAAAAUAUAUCUAUGAACCCAGUG